AUGGAUACAUCGAAAAGCUCUGAAGUACUGAAAAUGGAACAACAGGAGAAAGAAACUCUACCAGUAAAACUAGUUACAAGCCGAGGGGAGGAGGAGAAAGUUAAGUCUGGUGAUUAUAUGAUAGAUUUAGAAGCAGGUCUUCUACCGCACGAAGUUAGUGAGAAGGGUAGCACUUUCAAGCAAUAUCGUGAUGCCUUUGUAGGAUUUAUUGAGGAACUCGUCAUCAUUGUUGUUAUCGUAUUACUGCUGUAUUUUUUGACCAUGAUUGGUCUCUUCUAUGUGAUGGCGAUGACAAAAGUUCUGUUUUAA